GAUUAUACCCCGUGACUUACCUUCAUCGCCUCAAUAUACUGGUCAAUUAUUAGUGAUUUUCCUUUUAACAAAUUAGAACCAACCCGACAAAUUCUUUUUUUUUUUUUUAUAAAUAUGAAGGUAAUUUUGUUUUUAUAUUUAAAAAUUUAGGUGAAGUAAAAGUAAAUCAUUACAAAAUCAGCAGUUAUGGCAGAUCUAACAAAAGAUGAACAUGAAGCCAACCGAACGUGAGGGUGUUGUCGUAAAUACGAAGAAUGCGUCUUCUCUCUAAUCGUCCCUGGAUUUAGUAACCUUUUUCUUUUUCCUCUUUUUUGGUCUCAGUAGGGAUUUUAAUUGAAUUUAAUUGCCCUGGAAAAGCGCAAGAGGAUUCGAACAAACUGCUCAGAAACUAUAAGUAGAGGGUUUCCUUUUUGACUGCUUCACUCAGCGGAACGGCUUCGCUUCAGCUUUAUAUAUUCCGCUUUCCUCUCUCAAAAUCGCAGUGCUGCAAAGCUUCCGCAAAAUAGAAAUGGACUUGUCUCGCCGAAGAAUGGGGCUUACCUUAGGAUUUCUUGCAUUCAUUUCUUUGUUUCAGGUUUUAUUUAUUAUACCAGUGGUUUUUGCACAGACGACAAAUGAUGAACUAAGGCAGAGACAUGCUGAAGGAUAUUGUUCAAUGUAUGACAUUUGUGGAAAUCGAAGUGAUGGAAAAGUAUUGAACUGUCCCUAUGGUUCUCCAGCUGUAAAGCCAGAUGAGUUACUUUCAUCGAAGAUUCAAAGUUUGUGCCCAACAAUUACUGGAAAUGUUUGUUGUACAGGAGCUCAAUUUGACACACUGCGGGCACAAGUCCAGCAAGCAAUUCCUUUCCUUGUAGGCUGUCCAGCUUGCUUGAGAAACUUUUUGAAUUUGUUUUGUGAGCUUUCAUGCUCCCCAAACCAAAGUUUAUUCAUCAAUGUGACUUCUGUAUCCAAGGUCAGAAACAACUUGACUGUGGACGGAAUUGACUUUUACAUAACUGAUGCAUUUGGUGAGGGGUUGUAUGAAUCUUGCAAGGAUGUCAAGUUUGGUACCAUGAAUACUCGUGCCAUAGAAUUUAUUGGUUUUGGUGCUAAAAAUUUUAAAGAGUGGUUUGCUUUCAUUGGUAAGCGAGCAGUUCUUAACAUGCCUGGUUCACCAUAUGGGAUUCAAUUCCUUCCAACCGUUCCUGAAUCAUCUGGGAUGAAACCUAUGAAUGUAUCUACUUAUUCAUGUAGAGAUGUUUCACUGGGCUGCUCUUGUGGUGAUUGCCCUUCAUCUCCUGUCUGUUCCAAUACAGCUAUGUCUUCUUACCAUAAAGGGGCUACAUGUUUACUUCGAAUUGGAUCUCUUAAGGCCAAAUGUGUUGACUUAGCUUUAGCAAUCCUCUAUAUUGUAUUGAUUUCUAUGUUUUUUGGAUGGGGCUUGUUUCAUCGGACAAGAAAAAGGAGCAGGUCUUUUCGAAUGAAACCAUUUUUGGGUACAGCCCAUGGUGUUGAUUCUCAUUCUAUUAAUAGGCCAAAAGCUGAGAACCUCCCCAUGCAGAGGCUAGAAGAUGCUAAUCAAAGUAGCACUGGGGUUCAACUUUCUAUUGUGCAAGGAUACAUGUCAAACUUUUACAGGAAAUAUGGACUGUGGGUUGCUAGAAAUCCAACCCUUGUAUUGAGUUUGUCAGUGGGAAUGAUUCUUCUACUUUGCUUGGGUCUAAUCCGUUUCAAGGUGGAAACACGACCAGCGAAGCUAUGGGUAGGACCUGGGAGUAAAGCUGCAGAAGAGAAACGUUUUUUUGACAGCCACCUAUCUCCUUUUUACAGAAUUGAGCAGCUAAUAUUAGCAACAAUUCCAGAUGCCUUGCAUGGUAAAUCACCCAGCAUUAUGACAGAGGAAAACAUCAAGUUGUUAUUUGAAAUUCAAAAGAAGGUUGAUGGAAUCCAGGCAAAUUAUUCUGGCUCAAUGAUAUCUUUGACAGAUAUUUGCAUGAAGCCAAUGGGACAGGAUUGUGCCACACAAAGUGUUAUACAGUAUUUCAAAAUGGAUCCAAGCUUUGAUGCUGAUGAUCGGCUGGAACAUGUGAACUAUUGUUUACAGCAUUAUACCUCUGCAGAGUCGUGUAUGAGUGCUUUUAAAGCCCCGCUAGAUCCAAGCACUGUAUUAGGAGGUUUCUUUGGGAGCAACUAUACUGAGGCUUCCGCAUUUAUAGUUACUUAUCCAGUCAACAAUGCUCUUGAUAAAGAAGGGAAUGAAACUCAAAAGGUAGUUGCUUGGGAGAAGGCCUUUAUUCAAGUAGCAAAGGAUGAGUUGUUGCCUAUGGUUCAAUCUAAAAAUUUGACAUUUUCUUUUUCAUCGGAAAGCUCCAUUGAGGAAGAGUUGAAAAGGGAAAGCACAGCGGAUGUCAUAACCAUAUUGAUAAGCUAUCUUGUGAUGUUUGCUUACAUAUCUCUGACCUUGGGCGAUACACCUCGAUUAUCUUCUUUUUACAUUUCAUCUAAGGUAUUGCUUGGCCUUUCUGGUGUUCUGCUUGUCAUGGUCUCAGUUCUUGGAUCAGUAGGAUUUUUCAGUGCUAUUGGAGUAAAAUCUACACUAAUCAUAAUGGAAGUUAUUCCUUUUCUGGUUCUUGCAGUUGGAGUGGAUAAUAUGUGCAUCUUGGUUCAUGCUGUUAAGCGGCAACCUUUGGACUUACCUCUAGAAGGAAGGAUAAGCAAUGCACUUGUUGAAGUUGGACCAUCUAUAACCCUUGCCAGUCUAUCUGAAGUUUUAGCAUUUGCGGUUGGAAGUUUCAUUCCUAUGCCAGCCUGCCGAGUUUUCUCCAUGUUUGCAGGUCUAUAUUCUAUUGGUAUACAUGGAAAAAUGAUUUUCUUUUAUGUCACUUCUGUCAUCCCCCUCACAUCCAUGCAUUCUAUUGCAGCACUGGCCAUUCUAUUGGACUUCCUUCUGCAGGUCACUGCUUUUGUUUCUUUGAUAGUUUUUGACUUUUUGCGAGCUGAAGGUAGAAGAGUUGAUUGUUUUCCAUGUAUAAAAGUAUCAUCAACAUAUGCUGAAUCUACGAUAGGCAUUGGUGGGAGAAAACCUGGGCUACUGGCUCGAUAUAUGAAGGAGGUGCAUGCACCCAUUCUCAAUCUUUGGGGAGUGAAAAUCAUAGUUGUUUCUGCUUUUGUUGCUUUUUCACUGGCUAGUAUUGCAUUGUCCACCCGAAUUGAGCCUGGUUUGGAGCAAAAGAUUGUUCUUCCCCAAGAUUCAUAUCUUCAGGGCUAUUUCAAUAAUGUUUCAGAGUAUCUCAGAAUUGGACCGCCACUGUAUUUUGUUGUGAAGAACUAUAAUUAUAGUUCAGAAUCAAUAGAUACGAACCAGCUGUGCUCCAUUAGCCAAUGUAGUUCAGACUCUCUUUUAAAUGAGAUAGCAAGAGCAUCCUUGACACCAGAAUCAAGUUAUAUUGCUAGGCCAGCUGCUUCAUGGCUUGAUGAUUUUCUUGUAUGGAUAUCUCCAGAAGCAUUUAGUUGCUGUCGAAAGUUUACUAACGGGACUUAUUGUCCCCCUGAUGAUCAGCCUCCUUGCUGCUCUGCCAACAAUGGUCCUUGUGGGCUGAGUGAAGUCUGCAAAGAUUGCACCAUGUGCUUCCAUCACUCAGAUUUACAUAAUGAUCGCCCAUCUACAGCCCAGUUUAAGGAGAAACUUCCAUGGUUCCUCGAUGCUUUGCCCUCUGCAGAUUGUUCUAAAGGUGGACAUGGUGCUUAUACUAGCAGUGUGGAACUGAAAGGCUAUGAAAAUGGUGUUAUUCAGGCAUCAUCAUUCCGUACCUACCAUACACCCCUCAAUAAGCAGAUUGAUUAUGUUAACUCAAUGAGAGCUGCUCGACAAUUUGCUUCAAGGGUUUCAGAUUCUUUAAAGAUGGAAAUUUUCCCAUAUUCUGUGUUUUACAUGUUCUUUGAGCAAUACCUAGAUAUAUGGAGAACUGCUCUGAUCAACCUCGCAAUAGCUAUUGGUGCUGUGUUUAUUGUUUGUUUAGUUAUUACAUGCAGUUUGUGGAGCUCAGCGAUCAUUUUGCUGGUGUUGGCAAUGAUUGUCAUUGAUCUUAUGGGUGUGAUGGCAGUUCUCCGAAUCCAACUGAAUGCAGUCUCCGUCGUUAAUCUUGUUAUGGCAUCGGGCAUUGCUGUUGAGUUCUGCGUGCAUAUAACACAUGCUUUUUCAGUAAGCAGCGGGGAUAAAGAUGAAAGGGUUAAAGAGGCUCUGGGUACGAUGGGAGCUUCUGUCUUCAGUGGAAUCACACUGACAAAGCUAGUCGGCGUGCUGGUUCUUUGCUUCUCAAGGACACAAGUUUUUGUGGUGUAUUACUUCCAGAUGUACUUAGCGUUAGUCCUUCUCGGUUUCUUUCAUGGACUAGUAUUUUUGCCGGUGAUGUUGAACAUGUUUGGUCCACCGUCGAGAUGUGUGAAAAUUGAGAAGCAAGAAGAGCGGCCUUCAGUUUCAUCGCAGCCCUAAUUUGAUGAUUUUCACAAAAUACCUAACUCUUUUUGUAGAGAGUUAAAAUUCUCUUUCUGACUUUCCGAUAUAUAAACUGCGUGUAUAACCAGAGCGACGGUAAAAAAAAAAAAAAAAAUUUCCGUCCCAACAUGUAAAGCAUUGUUUAGAGAAAGAAAGGAGGGGAAAAAAAAAGAACAGGAAAAUGAUGGAGCCCGUUUCAUGUUGUUGUCAAUAUUCUUAAGGUAGCUGAUUCAUCUAAUCUGGUUAAAACUUAGGAUAGAAUGAUGAUAGUUGCUAUAUUUAUGUAGAAGAUGGUUGUAUCUUGUUGGACAUUUUCUGAAGACGCACAGAAUUUGACCCGGUCUUAUGCUAUGUUAUCUUUGUUUCUUUAUUUAUUUUUUAAUCCCAAUUUUCGUUAUUUUAAAUUAUUCUGGAGCGGGAUGAUUUAUGUGGCUUCUGUAGAACACAAACCAACGUUUUGGUGAAACACUUACACUUUGCAUUUGCCACUUAGAGGAACCCUUG